GCUGCUACCACGGCCAACACGGGGGCCACGCGCCGCCGCUGCCGCCGCGCCGCCGCGACUCGCCCGCCGCCCACCAUGGCCCCGCAGCAAACAGGUAGCAGGAAGCGGAAAGCGCCCGCGCUCGAGGCGGCCGCCGCGGGCUCGUCGUCGCAGGGCUCGGCGGCGGCGGCGGACGGAGACGGGCCGCUGCUGCCCAAGAAGCCGAAGCGGCCGGCGGCAAGACGCUCGCUGCUGCACUACCUGAAGGGCCGCGAGGUGGGCGCGCGGGGCCGCGCCGGGCUCCCAGGCUUCGAGGGCGAGCUGCGCGGCUACGCGGUGCAGAAGCUGCCUGAGCUGCUGAGGGAGCGCGAGCUGGCGCUGGGCACCCUCAACAAGGUGUUCGCGUCGCAGUGGCUGAACGCCAGGCAGGUGGUGUGCGGCACCAAGUGUAACACGCUCUUCGUGGUGGACGUGCAGUCGGGUCAGAUCACGCGCAUACCUCUGAUGCGGGAUCGGGCGCCCGGGCCGGCCCGGGCCCAGCCGAGCUGCGGCAUCCAUGCCAUCCAGCUAAACCCCUCCAAGACGCUUCUGGCCACCGGGGGGGAGAACCCCAACAGCCUGGCCGUCUACCAGUUGCCCACGCUGGAUCCCGUGUGCCUAGGAGACCGCCAUGGCCACAAGGACUGGAUCUUCGCCAUUGCCUGGAUGAGCGACACGGUGGCCGUGAGCGGCUCCCGCGACGGCACCGUGGCGCUGUGGAGGAUGGACCCCGACGUGUUCCAGGGCAGCAUCGCCUGGCACAACAACGCUGGGCUCCCCGUCUACGCCCACAUCCGUCCGCGGGACGUGGAGACCAUCCCCAGGGCCAGCACCAACCCCAGUAACCGCAAGGUGCGGGCCCUGGCCUUCAGCGGCAAGAACCAGGAGCUGGGAGCCGUGUCCCUGGACGGCUACUUCCACCUGUGGAAAGCGCGGAGCACCCUGACCAGGCUGCUGUCCAUCAGGCUGCCCUACUGCAGAGAGAACGUGUGCCUGACCUACUGCGACGAGUUGUCCUUGUACGCGGUGGGCUCCCAGUCCCACGUGUCCUUCCUGGAUCCGAGGCAACGCCAGCAGAACAUCCGGCCCCUGUGCUCCCGAGAGGGCGGCACGGGUGUGCGCUCCCUGAGCUUCUACCAGCACAUCGUCACGGUGGGCACGGGCCACGGCUCUCUGCUCUUCUAUGACAUCCGCGCGCAGAAGUUCCUGGAGGAGAAGGCCUGGGCCACCCCGCACUCCUCCCCGGGGCCCGCAGGGAGGAAGCUCAAGCUCACCUGCGGCAGAGGCUGGCUCAACCACGACGACCUGUGGGUGAACUACUUCGGUGGCAUUGGCGAAUUCCCCAACGCGCUCUACACCCACUGCUACAACUGGCCUGAGAUGAAGCUCUUCGUCGCUGGGGGGCCUCUCCCUUCAGGCCUCCAUGGGAACUACGCUGGCCUCUGGAGCUAAGGAUGGCUGUCCUGUCCUCAGAGUGCCCAGAUUUACCUUCCAGUCCCCUCUCAUGUUCCUUCUUCAGGCUGUGUUUGUGCUUUUGACUGUGGCUUUUAUCUUCCAGGUGGAAAGUGCCCAUCUUACCUCUGCUUAGUGUAUGAGGCAGAGAGAGAGAAGGCAGAAGUGGUCUCUUGGGCAAUCAAAACUUGGUGUUAAGAUUUUUCUGCACCUCCUCCAACACCACCAUCUUUUUUGCCUCUCUUACAAAGAAUUUUCGCUAAUCCUUAACUGUGGUCUCUCUUUUUGAGUGAUUCACCUAUGCUCUUUCUCUGGGCUGAUGCAGCCAUGGUUCCAACUACAAUUCAAUACUUUAGUUUUUAUCGCUAUUUCAACAGUAUGUUCACAUCUUUUACUCAUUUCAGAUGUAUUUCUGGAAAAUGUGUGCUAAAAAGUGUCUUUUGGGCUUGUCUGAGGAACUACCCAUCAUAUAACAGAGCAGGUUUAUAGUCCUGCUCCAAUUAGAAAAUGCAUUUCAAGUUCUAGAUUGCCACCAUUUGGGGUAUGUUUCAUUUGGAUGUGGAAACUCAGUGUUUGUUGUUUGUAUAUUGUUGGUGUAUAAAAUACUUUAAAAUAUGUUCUCUUAGUUAAGAAAUCUUACAAUGAUGUUCAUCCUAUUAAUCACAUUUUUGAUUAUUUAGUAAACAUUUAGUAUCAAUACCCCCCAGACCCUCAGCCUUCUUGUUUAAAUCUGCUAUAUUAUGGCCUGUUUCCUUGGGUAGCAUUUAUGCUACAGAUUUUCAGAACUAAUCAAAACUGGCCUAUAUGUGGCAGGACAAUCGGGGAGGUACUUCAGGGGUAAACAUUUCUUUACAUUUCAGGUAACACUAUCCAGGCAGCCAUUUACAGAGAAAGGCCGGCUGUUGUGCUCAAUGUAGGCGAUGUUGACAAUUUUUUAUUGUAUACAUGGAUAAGUCUUUUAUCUGGAUUGAGUAUGUGAUGUAUUGUAGGAAAAAAAUAAAACAUGUUGAGCAUUUUAGCAAUUAAGCGCUAGGCUAAAGUUUUUGAAUGCUUAAAUAUGUACUUUGUUUUUUCUUAAUUGUCCUUCCAGGAAUAUAUUUGUCAAAGCCAAAAAUCUUCCAGGAGAGAAACUGAAGGUGAAAUAUCACCUAUGCACACAUUACUCUGUACGUUUGUUUUUGAAAAGCAAACUUAUGCCAUUAUCAUGGGUUAAAAAAUUCAAUAUCAUCUUGAAUACCCUAUCUAACUAUACUUGCUAUAGGUUAGGACAGUGUCUUGUGUCUUUAAGAUGAUUUAACAAACUGUUUUUCAUUUAUACAAACAUACAUAUUGUGGUUAUAACUACCUACAUAUAUACUGUGGUUAUAACUGCCUACUCACGUAUACUGUGUAGUUGCGUAUGUGUAUGUAUUACUUCCCAUGUGAGGAAAAGGCCUAGAUGUAUGCCACUUUAUAUGUGCAGAUAUUUCAUAUAUUGUAAACUACAUCUAUGAACAUGUCCCACUUGGCAUUUUUGUUUUAAGUACUACAUGCACAUGACCAAAAAAAGAAUCAUACUUUAUGAAAGAUGUAGAGUGAAAAGUGAGUCUCAUACCCCAAGUUCCCUAAUCUCCUGCCCAUAGGUCACAAGCAGUACAUCUUGUGUGUGUACAUCCAUUUAGAGAUAGUCUAUACAUAUAUAAGCAUAUAUGUAUGUGUGUAUGCAACUUUUAUAUAAAUGACAGCACAUGCUUUACAUAUCUGUGCCUUUUUAUCAUAAAAUCUUAAAGAUUGUCUCUCAUACACAUCUACCUAAUUCAUUUUAAUUGUAUGGUAUUCCCUAAAAUAUGGUUGGAACAUAUUUUAUUCCUUUAUUACACUUUUGAUGAGCAUUUAUAUUGGUUCUUAUUUUCUGUUACUAUGAACUAUUCUGGAGCAAUUACUUAGGUCCAUACAUCUUUGUGUACAUGUGUAUGUAUACCUGCAGGAUAAAUUCCUAGAAAUGGAAUUGCUGGGUCAAUUUUACAUAUACUAGCCAUUGCCAAAUUACCCUCCAAAGAGGUCCUACCAACUUAACCUUCUAUAAUGGAUGCACACCUGCUUCACCACACUCUUGCCAACAGUGUGUCAUCAAAUUCUGUGCUCUUAACCAAUCAGAUAGCCGCUUGAUCUUAAUCCUUUCUUCCUAAGCUACUGUGGCUGAGUUAAUUAGAUUUGCGGUCAGAGUACCAAGUAGGUUCUGAAACAAAGAUCAAGAAUAUGAGGAAAUGAAGGCAAGCAAUAAAAAUACUGUCAAAGCAAAGGCAGAAAACACCUGCAGUUCAGGUUCACGUAUCUGCAGAUGGAUUACAAAAGACUACAUUUCUUAGAUGCUUAGCUGGACCUAGUAAAGCUUCCUGGCUUAUUGCACCCCAGUUUCACUUGUACUCAGUGCAUCACAUGUCAUUGAAGAAAAUCCAAAAAGGAGAUGAUGAGCGCCUGCACUAGGAUAUUUGAGGUAAGUGUGGAGAUGGAGGAAGUUAUUAGAAAAACGAGGGGAAAAUACAAUGAAGAAGCAGCAUUUGAUGUGAAGGGUGAAGAAAGCCAAGGAACUGAGGUGGACUCUAAGGCUCUGGACUGAAUGUAAAUGAACAGUGGCAACAAAUGAAUAUAGAAAAUAUAGCUACAGAGGAUACACAUGGAGGGUGAUUAACUCAACUGAGGACAUGUUGAACUUGUGGUGCCUAUGUAGCAUCAGGAGAACAUACCCAGUGAAGAAGUGGCUAUAUGUUCUAGAAUGAGAUUAUUCACUGCUGGGAAGCUGAGUGCUAUGAAAUUCUGGGGAACUCUCCCUUUUAGGGGCAGUCAGAAUAGAAAAGGUUUUAAAAAGUGGGGAGCAGAAUAUAAAAUAGAAGAGGCUUAUUUUACCCAGAAGCCAUGACCUCACCAGCAUGAGACAACAAAAUAUUUCCAAUUAUAUUAUAAUAACUUUUGAACUCCACCUCAGUCACAAAGGGCAGUUUUUCUUUCAGAGGUCCUCCCUAAAUAUUUAUCUAGGAUUUCACAUUAGCCCAUUAAUUCACCUUUUUUACUGGUUCUUAUUGGUACCUUCUUGGAGAAUGAAAAGUCAGAGUUUGGUCACAAAGCUGGACCUCACAGUGACUGCUGGACCACUUAACCUUGGUCUGAAAUGUCACCAGCACUUCCAACAGCCUGCUGGCACCUGUAUACCUGGCAGUCAUGCCAAAGCCCUGGCAGCUCACAGAGCUGAAAUAAUACCUCAUCACCAGAUGCUACUAGCCCAUGUUUGAGUUCCCGCCUCAAUGCCACAGGUGCCACUUUGCCCAGGCUACCAGAAGACACAAUCAUAAAAGUACAAAUAUAGAUAAUUAGAAAUGAAAAAGAAGGAAUAAUUACAGGCAUAGGUUUAUUUAUGUCAGGUAAUUUUAAAAUCUGAAUGAAAAAAUUAUCAGAAGAUAGAAAUAAUGAAACUCCAAGAACAAAUAAGAAACAAGAACAGACCAAUAACCCCAGAAAAUUGUAUUAUUUUGUUCAAUCUUACU